GAGUAGUGACACCAUACAAACAAUGCUGGAAAGUUUUACUCCAGUGUCCUUCCAAAUUCGGAUGCUUAUACGUGCCAGUUUCGAAAAGCUUACCAAAACAGAGUCUCCAGUAUUAUUAUUGUUAUUAUUAUUACUGUGUGAGGUGGGAGAGAGCGGACUGAGAGCACAAGGAAAUGCGAGAGCCUUGGGGUAAUGGACGAAAAGGAAAAUCCUGGCAUCGCAUUGAUUGAGAGAAGCGACAGAGGAAAAUUUUCAGAACAUUCUGCGAAACGAGUUGAAUGGUUUUACAUCGCUAUCCAAAAGAUAUUGUGCUGAGCGAAUGGACCAUUAGUUUUAUAAUUGAAUUUGCUUAUUCGACGACUAGUGAAACAGAAACAAAAAAGUGCAGUUUUCCUUGUCACAAUAUUUGAUAAGUUUUUAUGGAAUAGUUUGCGGGUUCAUAAAAUAGGCGGAUGGAAAAGUGCGCAUGGAAUGCGAUUACGUGAAGUGAAAUAACUGGGACGUCUAUCGUGGGAAAGGAUAUUUCGACCCACGAAAAAAGAUAAAUCUGAAGUGACUCGCAGUUCCCUAUACACGGGAAAGCCGCAUCCGUAUCCAGAAUAUGGUGUUUUAUGGCAUGUUCCCGAUUCGAGCUGAUAUAGUUCUAUUAUUUGUAUAAUAAAGAGUAGCUCUCUCAGCAUCGCACCGAGCAGAACGUGUGUAUUCAUAAAUAGGCUUGAUUAAAUCGAUGUUUGGGCAAUUUAUGAAUAUUAAUUGGUCUCCCAAUCAAAGAAGUGGUGUCGCUACACCUCUCACCCCAGAAUUAGUCUACCGAAGUCUGUGUGAAGUAAUAUUUGUCAUCGUAAUAGCAGUAGUGAAAAACAGCAUCCCUUUGAUGUUGAUUAUCCAACAAAAACCGGUUUUGAUAACAAAGCAGGCAUAGAUUGUGUGAAAACAUGAAAAGUUUCGUGAAAAUUGGAUAGUUGGCAAUUUUUCAACCUAAAAAUGACAGUGAAAAAAGAAUGAGAAGUGAGACCGUCUAAUCCAUAACCAUUGGGUCUGCUUCCGCUCCCGGCUGUGCUUCCAUCCAAAAUAAAUGCGAUAUCGCGUUGGAUUGUUGCCAAAUACGGAAAAUAUCGACGCGCAAACAAAGUGCUGCAGAGAAGCAGGAAAUUGAUGAACCAUAAGUGCAAGCGGAAGCUUACGAAAAACAACGGAACUGCAGAGAAAAUUUAAUAGUAAUCGUUCGUUGCGCCAAAUGACGUCACCGAAGAAUUACACAACCAUCGUUACUAGCUCGUCCGGUGGAUGCACCAACCAGAUCCCGUCCGCCCUCACGGUUUCGAACCGCAUUCUACGGUCACCUUCGCACGAAAGUUUCUCCACGGAUUUGUCCUUGAUUUCAAUUUCCGUCUCAUCGAUGGCAUCGGAAGCGACCAGUGUGCUAAACCGAUCCAGCUGCAGUCUCCUCACGAAAACUAUGGAGGACAAACUGGGAAACCUGUUGCUGAAGGACUCUAAGAGAAAUCGGUCUUCCACAUUGACCGAGAAAUGGAGCGAAAGCAACGAUCUCAUCCGAAACUGUGCCACCCUUUCGGCCGCACUGGGCAUUCACAAGAGCUUCAGUACGACCGACAUUUAUCAGUUGCCGUCCGAUCAGCACAAUCUAGGCGGAAGACUUUCAACAUCCGAGCUGUCACUGACACCAUUCCAGAAAGCUGGUUACCUGUUUGAUCAUCCCCGCUUGGAUCACACGUCUCGCUCGUACUCAACCUGGGUAGCGGUCGGUGAGCUAGCGUCCACAUCCCAGCUGCCUUCACCCCAUGGGGGACAAUCCUCCAACCAAGUUCCAACUAUUUGCAACGUUACCCCAACGCCAAGCUUCACUGUAUCCGAUUUGAUCAGUUCGGUGAAUAAGAAAAUUCGUCAGAAUUACAUCCGCCGGCGAUUGUACACUACGUAUCGUGCAAUUGAGAGGCUCUCUCAGAGUGAGUUCAACCUGGAUCGGCUAGAGGCGGCUGCUUUUGCUGCCAAUAAUUUCAACAACCCAGGGCCGACCGAGCUUGUGGUCCCGACAACCCACGCUUCCGCGUCGCCUAUCGGGGGAAAAUCUGCGAACAACGAUUCCAGUCCCGUUGCAACAGGCUCGGUUAGCCCAUCGGUCCCGGUCGCUACGGUUCACAGUAAGAAAUCCAUCAGUAAGUCAAACGCCAAAAAGAAUCUAACGUUCCUGGAUAUUGAAAGUGAGCGAGGAAAACCCUUGUCCAAGUACGAACGGCAUAUGCUAAUCUUCAACUGGCUACACACCAUCGACGACUCGCCGAUGCAAAUCGACAAUUGAUUAGGCCAGAAUGAGGAUGGAGACAGUGAAGUCUGCGAUGGUGCCACCAAGCAUGCUGGGUAUGUUCCGAAAGUAACACGAAAUGUGAGCGGAAUCUGUGAGAUCGUACACUACGAGGCAGACGAGUUGAUACAUGAAUGAGGAUCUGGUGUUGAAGGGACGAAACUAAACUACUGAAUGGUUAUAAAUUCUCAAUGUUUACUCUCUGCUGUUACUGUGCUAUUGAAACGAAUAACCUAUCCGGAACGCAUUAAAUAGGAUUAAAGAUCAGAUGUAACAAGAGUAGAUAACAAAUAAACAUAAACGUGAGUAAAUUGAAAGCUUCCGACCUUUCGCAGCUUAUUGAAUCAACCGGAAUGCAGACAAUUUUUACUGAUUUCGUAGGCUAGAUAUGAAACAUAAAAUAUUAGAAUAAAAAUAUGGUAAUAUGCCAUUGUAGACCAUACCCUGUGGAUGUCCCAAUCGAUUUGUACAUCAAUACAGAAUGUUUUUUGUUGUUUGUUUGUCCUUAUCCAGAUCCAAGACAAAACAGUUACCAUUUAUCUGGUGAAAUUAUAGUUCACUUGCGGAUAUUCUAUCGUGUGAUGUACAGAGUACAUUUUAGUAGAAUAUGUUAAUUCAUGUUCUAUGUUAACAUAUCCACCAAUAAGUGUCCAUGUUUCGAAAAAUGUGGGAUGUAUCUUCAACGGCAAUAUCCUUCAAUUUGUUACUAGAAUUGAAAUGGUGUCUUAGUACCCUCACGAAUACCUCGCUUUGGAUUCGAUAUUCGUACAAAUUGAUUCUUCAUGUCAAACCGAAAGUCCAUUCAGUUGUUCGGCACUGUGAUGCGGUCCAUGCUUCAUUUGUUCAUUUUUUUCCGUUUGUUGAUUCAUUGAUCGGUCUAUAAAUUUGUUAUAUUUCCGCUUUAUGUUUAACAUAUGUGUUUUGAUUGCUCUAGUUUAGCUAUACUCAUGAAGAAAAGUUGAAAAAUGAGUCCAAGAAGGUAAAACUAUUUUUGACAAACUUUAUGGAACAUCGAAUUUUUAUAAUUUUUAUAAAUCCUGAUGUGAUUUAAAACAAAAAAAAGGAUUAUUAUCAAUUGCCUUCCAAUUGCCAGGCAUUCUCGAGAUAUUAAAAAAAUAUUUAGGAUUUAUUGUCAUUUUUAUUGUAAAUAGGCUCUUUUAAUAUGUUUGUCGUGUUAUAACAUCAUUCUGUUUGCGAUCAUUUAAUGAUGUUUGUGAGGAGUUCGAUUUUUCUUUGUCCAAAAAUAUGUUUAGUGUUAAAAUAAGGAGUUUAAAUUAAUUUAUUCUUAAGUAAACAAUCUGUACGACGUUGUCGAAGAUGGUGAACAAAUAAGUAAAUAAAUAAAUAAAUAAAUAAA